AUGACGCCGCGAGGGAUUCGCGCGACGCCACCGCGCGCGCCUCCGGAUAUGACGGAGUCCGCGCUCGAGACGGCGCGGUCGUACGAAGACGACGGGUACGACCCGGACGAGCUCGCGAAUUUACUCUUGAGUUGGUACUACGCGGGGUACUACACGGGAAGUUUUUCCCGACAGCCCCCGCCGCAGCCGUCGUCGUAUCCGGGAUGA